AUGUCGGGAGAGUGGUACGAUGAGUAUGCGUGCCGUUGGGGGAACGAUACUAUUAUGUCACCGCAAUCUGAAGAUGGAGAUCUGAUCGUCACCCACAGAGUAUUCAAACCUAGAGGAGCGACGCAGCUGGAGAGGCGACGGAAAGCCCUGCAGGCACAGAGGGCUAAGUUGAGGGAGGAGCGGUUGGAAGAACUCCGACAGAUAGCACAAGUAACGGAGGCUGAUGACAAUGAGAGAAUCGAAAUCGACUUGCCGCUGGCGGAGGAGGAGGUGGCUGAUGAUGUGGAGGGGGAAGAUGAGGAAAUGGGAAAGGAAAAGGCGGCGAAAAAAAGAGGCAAACAGCGACGGAAAGUGAAGAGGUUUCGCUUCUGGGCUAAUCAGCUGAUGUAUCCAGACUGGCUGGUUGAGGUUCCUGAAGACCUGAGCACAUUGUGGUUGGUGAAGAUCAGACCGGAGGGGAAGCAUUGUCUAUUGAUUAUACAUGCAGGGACGGCAACUCUCCGUAGCAAAAACGGCCGCUACUAUUGGAGCUAUUAUGUUGGGCCGGAGUUCGCUGGUAUGGGCCUCACGGUCUUGGAUGUGGUUUAUCCCGACACGACGCCGGGCUUCCGCAGGGCUAUAUUUGUGAUGGACGUGAUUAUUUGGAAUCACAGUGAACUUACUUCCGCGGACGCGGAGUGCCGACAUUACUGGCUAAAGUCAAGGCUAGAAGAUAUGAACACGCGGCGGGAAGAUCUUUUCGGGGGAGACUCCUCUAUGAUGGGCAUUGAUGCUAGUGGUGACGAUGAUGACACAAUGCUGCCGGACCUCGUAUACGUCCCGGCGUUUGAUGCGACGCCUGAGGUUAUCGCCUCCCUCUAUAAUGGAGACCAUGAUGGUAUUGACUAUCAACCGGAUAGUCUAAUCUUCAUGCACAAGCAAGGCUUGUACUGGCAAGGCCUCACACCUCUGGUGUUGUGUUAUAGGGACGAGCACCUGUCGCGUUUCUAUAUCGAUACUGCGGACGAGGGAGGGUAUUCGUCCAAGAGCGGCGGCACGGCUAUGCCGGUGGUCUUGCAAGUAUGGAGGCCUUCGAGUGCAGUAGUUGCUGAAUGCGACGCGGGAGCUGGCACGAGCAAAGGGGAAGAUGCCGAGAAGCAAAAGAGUCCUUUAUACCUUCGUACGUGGGACAAAAUUGUUGUAGCGGAGGUUCCUGAUGGUCUUCGUAGUGGCGUUAAGCCAAGGCAGCUGGUCCGGGUCCAAGUAGCGGUCGAACACGACGGUGCACCAGUGUGCAUGGAGAGAGGCAAUAUUGAAGGAAUUGAUGCUGCGGAGUUGAGGGGAAUACAGUGGGAUACGUUGAAGUCUGUUCCAAGUUCUCGCCUUUUCCCGGACUCCUGGUCCAGAAUACUCAAUCAAGAGCAUCUGCGACGGUGUGGGAAGAAUAUAGCGACUAUUGAGGAUAUCACUGCAGAGAGCUCCAAUAUGGAGUCCUGA